AUGGCCGAAGAAGAAAUUGCUGCUCUCAUCAUUGAUAAUGGCUCUGGGAUGUGUAAAGCUGGCUUUGCUGGAGAUGACGCCCCUCGUGCAGUGUUCCCAUCCAUUGUCGGACGCCCAAGGCACCAAGGGGUCAUGGUUGGGAUGGGGCAGAAGGACAGUUAUGUUGGUGAUGAGGCCCAGAGCAAGAGAGGCAUCCUGACCCUGAAGUACCCUAUUGAACAUGGCAUUGUCACCAACUGGGAUGACAUGGAGAAAGUGUGGCACCACACCUUCUACAACGAGCUCCGUGUUGCCCCAGAGGAGCACCCUGUUCUCCUGACAGAAGCUCCCCUGAACCCCAAGGCCAACAGAGAGAAGAUGACCCAGAUCAUGUUUGAGACCUUCAACUGCCCUACCAUGUAUGUGGCCAUCCAGGCUGUACUGGCCUUGUAUGCCUCUGGACGUACCACUGGCAUUGUGAUGGACUCUGGUGAUGGGGUGACCCACGCCGUGCCCAUCUACGAAGGCUACGCACUGCCUCAUGCCAUCCUGCGCUUGGACUUGGCCGGGCGUGACCUGACCGACUACCUCAUGAAGAUCCUGACCGAGCGGGGCUACAGCUUCACCACCACGGCCGAGAGGGAGAUCGUGCGUGAUAUCAAGGAGAAGCUGUGCUACGUUGCCUUGGAGUUUGAGCAAGAGAUGGCCACAGCUGCUACAUCUGCCUCUUUGGAGAAAAGUUACGAGCUCCCUGACGGGCAGGUGAUCACCAUUGGGAAUGAGCGGUUCAGGUGCCCAGAGGCCCUCUUCCAGCCCUCCUUCCUGGGCAUGGAGUCCUGCGGCAUUCACGAGAGCACCUUCAACUCGGUCAUGAAGUGUGACAUCGAUAUCCGAAAGGACCUCUACGCCAACACGGUGCUGUCCGGCGGCAGCACCAUGUAUGGCGGCAUCGCCGACCGCAUGCAGAAGGAAAUCGCUUCCCUGGCCCCCAGCACCAUGAAGAUCAAGAUCAUUGCCCCAGUGGAGCGCAAAUUCUCAGUCUGGAUUGGUGGCUCCAUUCUGGCUUCUCUCUCCACCUUCCAGCAGAUGUGGAUCAGCAAGCAGGAAUAUGACGAGGCUGGUCCAUCCAUUGUUCACAGGAAAUGCUUCUGAAUCCUGUAGCAAAAUGGAAGCGUCAAAUGUGGCUGGGCAAUGGACUGUGUUCCUUUUAUGGAAAUAUUCCUUCCAAAGCUGUUCCUAACUCUUCCAAGGGCUGUCUGUAUGCUUAACAUAUCCUAUUUAAGAUUAGUUUGGAUAGGUCUAAAGCAAACCAGUCCCAUUGCAUAUAACUUAAUGCAGUGAUCACCUGUAAAAAUGUGCUAAACCCCUCACUAGUGACUCAUCACAAGGUUAAGAGGUAAAACCAUGUUAAUGUGAGGCUAUGGGUCUGUCGCUGACUAACAGCACUCUCUUCCCUCUUCCUUG